GGGGGGCAUCUAGAAGGGGCUCCCUGGGCUUAUGGAGCUCCAGCCCCAGACAUCCCCAGCCUGAUGUAGUCACAGGCUACGCCUUGGAGCCACCUUCUGUAGAUCAGGGGCUCUUCACUGGGCUGAGAGGGGGGACGCCUUUCCUCCCCAUCCCCCAGGUUGGCUGGCAUGUGUGGAGAACCGGGGGCAGAGAUCUGAAAGGCUCAGACUCAGGUAGGGACCGGGUCUCUCCUAGCAAAGCUCUGCCCUCCCCAGCCCCUGAGUACAGGGCGAGCCGGCCCAGAGCCCCGCCCCAGGAGGUGGGGCAGGAGGCUCCCGGCAGAGGGACCCAGACCUGUCUACCUGCUCUCCUGGGGCCAGCUGCCGCCACCCAUGGGGAACAGCCACUGCGUCCCUCAGGCCCCAAGGAGGCUCCGGGCCUCCUUUUCCAGAAAGCCCUCACUCAAGGGAAACAGAGAGGAUGGAGCACGGAAGCUGACUGGCCUCUUUGGCACCGAGGCCAGUUCCGACGGGGACACCACUGCCGACAAGAUCUUCCACUACUUCCCCGGGACGAACCUCCCCGGCCUGGAGAGUCAGCCCCAAGACCUGGAGCAGCCUUUUCUGAGUGUGUUCAAGGCUGGCCGGCGGAGGGCACCCGUGCGGAACCUGGGCAAAGUCAUCCACUACGCCAAGGUCCAGCUGCGCUUCCAGCACAGCCAGGACAUCAGUGACUGCUACCUGGAGCUGUUCCCCUCCCACCUCUAUUUCCAGGCCCAUGGUUCUGAAGGGCUCACUUUCCAGGGGCUGUUACCACUGAUGGAGCUGAGUGUCUGCCCGCUGGAGGGGUCCCGAGAACAUGCCUUCCAGAUCACAGGCCCGCUGCCCACCCCUCUUCUCGUGCUCUGCCCCAGCCAGACCGAGCUGGGCCGCUGGCUCUACCACCUGGAGAAGCAGAUAGCCCUCCUGGGGGGGUUGCCACGCCGCCACCAAGUGCCCCCGCAGGGCCCCCCCGAGGACGAGCUCCCCUGGGUGCUGCAGCGCAGGCUGACCCAGCUGCGGACGGCAUCUGGGUGCCAAGUGGUGGGCAGUGCCAUCUGUGCCUCGAGGGUCAAGCUGCAGCAUCUGCCCUCACAGGAGCAGUGGGACCGGCUCCUGGUCCUGUACCCGACUUCCCUGGCCAUUUUCUCUGAGGAAGCAGAUGGGCUUUGCUUUAAGGGGGAGCUUCCACUCAGCGCCAUCCACAUCAACCUGGAGGAGAGGGAGAAACAGAUCCGCUCGUUCCUGAUUGAAGGCCGUCUCAUCAAUACCAUCCGUGUGGUGUGUGCCAGCUACGAGGACUAUGGCCGUUGGCUGCUCUGCCUGCAGACUGUCUGCCACAAGGAUGGGGCCUCCCUGCUGCCCGGCCCUGAGAGCUUCCCUGGGCUUCAGGCGCCCACACAGAUUGUGGGUGGUGGCCAAGGCUCGCUCUCCUCGGAUGGACGGACCAGCUGGGACUCAGGGUGCCCGGCGCCCGCCUCCACCUGCACCAGCCACUCCCUCCCUGAGUCCUUGGUGCCCUCUACCACAGACUUCCCUGCCCAGCUUGCACUGGAGCAAGCCAACCCUGACGGCACCAGUGUCAGUGGGCACAGGGCAAAGCUGAGACGGGGCGGCAGCAGCCGAUCACCCAGGAGCAAGGCGAGGGGCGAGGGGCCCAGCCCGGUCACCCCACUGCGCCUGGACCUGACCAAGCUAAGCCUGGAGGACGGCCCUGAGGCCCCGGGCCACUCUCUGGAGACACCACACUCCCCACUCUACGCUGAUCCCUACACACCACCUGCCACUUCCCACCACAGGAUCACAGAUGUCCGAGGCCUGGACAAGUUCCUCAGCGCAGUGCAGAGCUCACUCGGACCUGAGCCCUCGGGCCCAUUCCCCGCCGGCCCAGGGUCGGUACCUGUCUCGGACCCCAGCUCUGGAUUCUCCAGCCCCCACUCGCUCUCCGAGAAGGGAGCCCUGCAGUCCCGAGCCUCUCAGCGGCAUCGUGGCUCCAUCAAGGGCCGGGGGCCCCGGCUCCCAGGCUCCCCUCAGCAUGUCUCCCCCGCCAGGGAAGCGUCCCCCCCGCCCCUGCCACCACCCCCAGAUGGCCACCCCUUCAGGAGCUACGACAGCAUCCAGGACAAGGCCCUGUCACCUUCUCACCAGUGGUGGCCUCGAGGAGCACCUGAGGCUGAUGAGGGGCUCGUCCAGUGGAUCUGAUGGCCCUCGGGUGGCUGCUUCUCAGGACUGCCUAUCAGCAUUGACUUUGGAGGAGGGUCUGCAGCAGGGCCUGGCUCUUUCUUUGUAAGGCUCAGGCAUCCAGUAUUGAGCCAGGAUCUGGCCCCGGCAGGGUGGAGGGAGUCUCCAGAACCCUGAGCUUCCCUGAGCCCUGGAGGAGCCAGGAGGGCCCCAUCCUCAGGACGCCUUGGCCAAGGUGACUGGAUGCCCAGGGUGCCGUCCUCGGCCUGCCUCCCUGGGGAGGAAAGAGUGAGGGGACUUGGGUUAGGGGCUUUCACCUGGGAGAGGGAGGAUGGCACAGGUGUAGCGGUCAGAGAACCAGGAAAGUCAGCUUAGAGAGGGUCCACGUAUGGGAGGUCAGAGGGCACGAGGGCCAGCAAGGUCUGAGACUAGGCGGGCAGAGGGAGGAAGGUUCUCUGGGAGCGUGGGAGUGGAAUGGGUUCACCGGGAGAAACUGACAAGAGACCAAACAAGAAAGAAAGAGAUUUUAUUGGC